AUGAAGAAGCAUCUUACAAUAGUCAUAAAGCUCGGCUCUUCCUCAAUCGUCGACGAAAAGACCCAUGAACCACUUCUCUCCAUUCUGACCCUCAUCGUCGAGACCGCCGUAAAGCUUCACCGAGAUGGCCACCGCGUCGUCAUCGUCUCCUCCGGCGCCAUUGCCGUCGGUCUGCGCCGUAUGGACCUUGCAAAGCGCCCGAAGCUCCUGCCCAAAGUCCAAGCGCUAGCAGCAAUAGGCCAGUGCCGGCUCAUCUCGCUCUGGGAUCAGCUAUUUGCCCACUUGCGGCAGCCCGUCGCCCAGAUCCUGCUCACGCGUACCGACAUCGCAGACCGGACGCAAUACAUCAACGCGCAGAACACAUUCAAUGAGCUGCUGAGCAUGGGCGUGAUUCCUAUCGUUAACGAAAAUGACACCCUCGCUGUCAGCGAAAUCAAGUUCGGCGACAACGACACCCUCUCCGCCAUCACCGCCGGCAUGGUGCAAGCAGACUACCUCUUCUUAAUGACGGAUGUGGACUGCCUGUACGACAAGAAUCCGCGGACUAAUCCCGAUGCUAAGGCUAUCGAGGUCGUUGAGGACAUCGCCGAGCUCGCCGCCGACGUAUCCUCCGCCGGCUCCGCGCUGGGCACGGGGGGCAUGUCAACGAAGAUCGUGGCGGCACGGCUCGCAACCUCCGCGGGAGUGACGACCGUGAUCACCAAGUCCAGCAAACCGGGCAAUAUCGCGAGCAUCGUCCGCUACGCCGAAGCACAGAAAGCCGCCGCCGCCAUGAGUUUGUCCUCCAGCCUCGCCAGUCUCCAUGACAAUGAUCUAACCACCACCUCCGCCGCCCUCCCAUCUCACACUCCCCCACCGCCAGCCAUCCCCGUCACCGAGCCAUCGCACCUAUCCCAGCUCACAUCAUCACCUUCCUCUGUACAAACCAUCCCCGCAGCCCCUCUCCACACCCGCUUCCUCCCGGACCCUAGGCCCAUCCGCGACCGCUACUUCUGGCUCCUCCACGGUCUCGCACCGCACGGUACACUCUAUAUCGACGCAGGCGCGCACCGCGCGCUGUGCGCCAAGGCCGGCCUGCUCCCCGUUGGAGUGGUCGACCUGGAAGGCGGGUUCGCGCAGCAGGAAGCCGUGAGGUUAGUUGUUGUGAAGCGGACCAGCAACGGCACAGUUAUGAGCACGGGCGCGGCAGCUGCCUGGGAGAAGACCGAAGCAGGCGAGGUCGGCCGCGCGAUUGUGAACUAUAGCUCCGCGGAAAUCAGGCGGAUACGGGGGUUGCGGAGCACGGAGAUAGCGGGCGUGCUCGGGUACGCGGAUUCGGAGUAUGUGGCGCUGAGGGAGAACGUGGCGGUUUUGCCGGUGGAGAGGAGUAGUAGGCCGACGACGCCGGGGCUGGGGGAGAAGAGGGGAGGAGGAUGA